GCUGAUCAGAGGGAAAUGCAAGUGCCGGGCACUGGUGAUCAGUGCCCUGAUGAUCAGUGCCCAGCAGUGCCACCCGCAAGUUCCGCCCACCUGUGCCCAGCAGUGCGCCCACUAGCUCCGCCCACCUGUGCCCAGCAGAUCACCCACCUGUGCCCAGCAGUGCACCCACCUGUGCCCAGCAGUGCACCCACCUGUGCCACUCUGCAGUGUCACACACCUGUGCCCAGCAGUGCCACCUACCUGUGCCCAGCAGUGCCACCCACCUGUGCCCACCAGUGCCACCCACCUGUGCCCACCCACCAGUGCUGCCCACCAGUGCCACCCACCAGUGCAGCCCAGCAGUGCUGCCAGUCAGUGCCACCAGUCAGUGCCCAGGAGUUGUGCCAGUCAAUGCCGCCAGUCAGUGCCCAGCAGUGAUGCCAGUCAGUGCCGUCUAUCAGUACCCAUCAUCAGUG